AUGACAACGUUUGGAAAAAUCAAGGAAUUUAAUGGCGAGCAUGAAGAAUGGAAACAUUACAUCGAGCGAAUGAAUCACUUCUUCGAGGCAGAUGAAAUCGAAGAUGAAGGGAAACUGCGAUCAAUUUUCCUGGUUAGUGUUGGGGCAAAGACGUAUAAGUUAAGCCGAUGUUUAGUUGCUCCUGAAGAACCUAAAAGCAAGAGUUACGAAGAGCUGGCGAAAUUAGUGCAAGAUCAUUACCAGCCAAAGCCAAGUGUUAUAGUUGAACGAUUCAAAUCUAACACGCGCCGCCAACAACAAGGUGAGACAAUUCCAAUGUAUUUAGCAGAGUUAAAGCGUCUCUCAGAAAAUUGCGAAUUUGGUUCAAAUAUGAACGAAAUGUUGCGUGAUCGAAUUGUGUGUGGGACAAGUGACCACAGAAUUCAACGUCGUUUGUUAGCAGAACCUGAACUGAUUCUGAAGCGAUCUCUUGACCUCGCUAUAGCAAUUGAAACAUCCGAAAAGGACGCUUUAAAUCUGCAGAAGAAUAACACGCCAGGGGCGAAUGGCAUGAAUAAACUAGACGGAACAGUUCGAGUUCCCAAGGGACAAAACACGGGUUAUAGGUGCAGUCGGUGUGGUGGGAACCACAGCCCCACUGAAUGCCGUUUUAAGGAAGCUAAGUGCCAUGCAUGUGGGAAAAUUGGUCAUAUAUCCAGGGCCAGGGUAGAAGCAAAGCAAAAGGGAAGCAACCACCUAAAGCAAAACCAACCCAUCACCUUUCAGAACAGGGACAGGGAAGUUCGAGCGAAGACAGCCCUAAUGAAGAAAGUGCCCCACCAGCAUAUUCUAUGUUUACAUUUGGUCAUAAAAGCACCACCCCAUACCAAGUAAACAUAUCUAUCAAUGGGACAUCCAUAGAUAUGGAAAUUGACACUGGUGCUUCAUUGUCUGUUAUUAGUGAAGCAACCUAUGUAGACUUGAACAGUGAAGGGAAAGUCCCACCCCUAGGAAAUACGGAUGUGAUUCUCCGUACAUACACUGGGGAGGAAGUGAAGCCAAAAGGGUCCCUAGAGGUAACAGCAUCUUACGAUGGGAAAUAAUUCAAGUUACCUUUACUCGUAGUGGAAGGGAAAGGUCCAGCUCUUCUGGGGAGAAAUUGGCUAACUGAACUGGCCUAUGAUUAAAAAGUUAAUACCGAUAAAUCAGCAGUUAGAUGCAGUAGUUCAAAGGUACUCACACCUGUUUCAAGAAGGUCUGGGUACCCUUAAAGGUGCCACAGCUAAGAUUCAUGUGAACCCAUCGGUCACACCUGUAUUUCUUAAAGCCAGACCGAUACCCUACAGUAUGCGUUGCGAGAAAAGAUUGAACAAGAUCUCGAAUGGUUAGAAAAAGCAGGGACAGUUGAACCAGUCCAAUUUUCUGAAUGGGCUACCCCAAUAGUUCCAGUCAUUAAGCAAGAUGGGAAGGUGAGAGUUUGUGGGGAUUAUAAACUUACUGUAAAUAAGGUUUCAAAAUUAGAUGCAUACCCAAUCCCCAAACUCGAUGACCUUUAUACAAAGCUUGCUGGGGGUAAGACCUUUACUGAAUUAGAUUUAAGUUAUGCAUACGAACAGAUGCUAGUAGAUGAAAAUUCCAAGGAAUUUUUAACCAUCAACACCCACAAAGGUCUUUACAGGUACAAUCGCCUGCCUUAUGGUGUGGCAUCAGCACCCGGUAUUUUUCAGAGAAUGAUGGAGGGAUUUCUCCAUGGUAUACCACAUGUAUGUAGGUGUUUUGCUUGAUAACGUCCUCAUCACCGGUACCACGGAAGAAGAGCACCUCAUGAAUAUUGAAGCAGUUUUGAAAUGUAUAUCGGAUGCCUGGUUACGACUUAAAGCAUCAAAGUGCCAGUUCAUGAAACCUUCACUUGUGUGUCUGGGUCACGACGUACAUUGACGCAGAGGGUUUCCAUCCAGUGGCAGCCAAGGUGAAAACCAUUCAAGAUGCUCCAGCUCCUACAAAUGUCACAGAAUUGAAGUCUUUCUUGGGCAUGGGCAAUUUUUAUGGCAAAUUCCUUCCGAACCUGUCAUCCACAUUAGAGCCACUGCAUGAGCUUCUACGUAAAGGAACACGUUGGGUGUGGCGCAGCCGACAACAAGAAGCCUAUGACACUGCUAAGGCCCUUCUGCAGUCAUCACAAGUUCUCGUGCAUUACAACCCGGAGAAGGAGUUGCUGUUAUCAUGCGAUGCAUCUACGUACGGGGUGGGCGCGGUUUUGGCACAUAAGAUGAAUGAUGGUUUGGAGAGACCGAUUGCAUAUGCGUCAAGGACACUUUCCAAACCUGAACGAGGAUACUCGCAAUUAGAUAAAGAAGCGUUGGCCAUCCUAUUUGCG